GUACAAGCAAGGAGGCUGUCACCCUGUGUAGUGUGUUGUGUUUGCUCUUACCAAGUCCAAAAUUAUAAUUUUGGUAUAUUCCGUUUUUUUUUUUAUUUCAUAGGUUUUUCAUUCUAAUUCUUGUUUUAAUAAUGGCUGGUUCUGCUUUGAAAAGACUCAUGGCAGAAUAUAAGCGUAAGUAUUACUAUAAUAAAUAUGAUUAUAUAAAAAUAAAAGAGUUCAGUAUACUUCAGAAUCAGAAGCCACACGUCGACUCCUCACAAUUGACAAUAAAUUAUAAUUUAUAAAUACAGUGUCAGUGUGACAAUAGUUACAAUAGUAUAGGCAUAGGGUAAGAUAGGUCCUAUAAUUUAUAUAUAUAUAGAUUAUAGAUUUUUUACUGCUUUAGACUUUUAGGCAAAAAGGGCUAUUUUAAAUGUUGGGCACAAGUUUUGGGGAUAAAUUAUAUAAAUUAUAUUAAUAUAAUAUAAGACCGUGGACUGUGGGCUAUUGUUAGUAAACUGCCAAUAGCUUUAGGAGCUAUUUGUAGUUAACUACCAGUAGCUUCUUCCAAGCUGCUAUUGGUAGUUUACUAAAAAAAAAAGCGACCCCAAUUGGUGAUAGAUUGAUUUAGUGCAAUAAUUAUUGAAUUAUUGGUAGUCACAAUUUUAAAUUGAAUUUAUUUUUGAUUAUAACACUGAAAUUUCUCUAAUGUCUAAAGUGUAUGUUGCCACACACAAAAAACAUGUCAAGUGCCAACAAAGUUUAUUGUUUGUGUCUAGUCUCAUAAAUUCACUCCAAUCGGAUUUUCAAGACAUAAUACACUUAUUUUUCUUUCUUUGUAUAUAUUUUAUUUAUGUCCAUAUAACUGCUUAUAUUUUCAUCAAAAUUAUGUAGUUUAAAACAUUGAUUCUGCCUACCCUGCAUUGCAUAGCAUUAAAAAAUUAAUAGUGAUUCCUAGACAUUAAAUUGAUUAAUUUGUGUUAUAGUUGCACAAUAUACCCAAUGAAAUUGUUUAAUUGUACAUAAAAAUAUUGAUGCCUUUAUAAGUUAAUGAGGGCUCAUUUAUGUAAAUAACACUCAGUAUAAAUUUCUCCCAACAACAGAAAAUCAAAAGUAAGGAGUGGGGGGGGGGGGGGGGGGGGGGUUUAGUGUGUGUGUGUGUUGGUUCAAGUGACCUAAACAAUGAUUGGCCUAAGCUUAUUUUAUCAUCGUUAAGCCUAAUUAUAAUCAUGUUAUUAUACUUUAUACAGUUUCAUUUAACUAAAGUAAAAAGAUUUUGAUUUUAAUAUGCACACUUUGUAUGCAGUAAAACUUCUUAUGGUAAUUAUUUAGGCCUGUAUUUUAAUUUAUAAUUUUGAUCAUAAUAAUUAGCACACACAAAAUGUUUACAGCUGGAUUUUAUUUUUACUGCACAUCUUACUUUGGUCUUGGCAAAGAAGAACCUGAUUCCCUUUCCCCCCAGUAUCAUACAUCUAUCUAAGAUCUAUAUUAGGUCUAUAUUUUAAAUUAUAUAGCAAUAUAGCCAAAUUUGAGCGUGGGGAAGGCUGCAGCAGAUAAUGUUAAAACUGUAAAACAGUACUGUAGAUUUUAUAAUUAGUGCCGAGGUGUUGUCACUAGUACAAACUAUUCAUAAAUGAAUGGGGCAAUACUUCGCCAGCCUCAUUGGAAGAGGGUAUUUAAAGCUCAGAUUUUGGUUUGAUUUGAUUGCCUGGACUACCAAUAGCUCUAUAGAAGCUAUUGGCAGUUUACUACAAAUAGCUCCCUGCCCUAACUAGAAGCUAUAGGUAGUAAACUACCAUAGACACUUUCAAAUUAUAAUAAGGCGAGGCAAGGGGCUUAAACUUAACAAAUUGAAUUUGAAGGGAAAAAAUCAUAACUCCACUAUUCUCUAGUGGUCCACUUCUAUAAAUUAAAAGAUAGAAAGAUAAAAAGCUUAGCGCUAGCCCUUUAAUAUGAUAUAUCUUUUAUGGCACUAAUAUCAAUAAGUUUAAGACAAUAUUAAUUUUUUGUCAAAGUACCUAGACCUAAUAUAUUUUGGUCUAUCCAUAUUUAUUGUAUUAUAAAGGCUGUGUAUUGACUAUUGAAAUAGCGGCUCUGCUGGUAAACCAAUUACCAAUGUCUAAGGAUUGAGCCUGGUGCAAACACAGACAUCUGGGGAAUUAAUGCUGAGCCUGGUGCUGUUUUUUGUUCUGGUAGCGGGUUUGGGUAUUCUGAGGGGAAAAGGGAAACUGCAUUUAUAGAGCAUUUCUAGUGACCACAAAUACAUCGAAUAGGAAUCUGGCUCAUCCAUAUGGUGUUUCAAUGUCUUGAAAUUAUUUUGUUUUAACUGCAGAGUUGACACUGAAUCCUCCAGAAGGCAUCAUAGCUGGUCCAGUUGAUGAAGAGAAUUUCUUUGAAUGGGAAGCUUUAAUCAUGUAAGUAAACAUUUCCACAUCUGUAUUUAGGUACAUUUGAUAUUUUUAACUGUAAUUUUACGUUUAGCACAAACUAUUUAAUGAGUUCAUGUGUUUUGUUGGAAAAAGUCUGCGACAAGCAAGCAGUGACGUACCUAUAAUCAUGUGCCAUGACUGACAUACCAGCACAACAGCAUCUAAGACACAACCACUGACUUCAGAUUUUUAUCACGACCCAUAAAUGAACCUAAAAUUUGACAAUUUAUCCAUAUCAAUAUUUGGGUAUUAUCUUUUUAAUGAGCCGUUAAAGCAAGUAUAGGAUUACCAAAUUUAUAUUACCUUUUUAUUUAUUUUUCAAAAAAUUAUUUAAUAAGUAUUAAUUAGAUUUCUAGGAUUUUGUCAUUUUCCCUACAAAAAAUGUCUUUAUGAUCAAAUUGUUUUGGCACCAUUAAAAAGACAAACUAAAAUGUAUUUCUUGUCUAACAUUAUUAAGCUAAUUAAAACUUUUUUUAACCAGGGGACCACAAGAUACAUGUUUCGAAGGUGGUGUUUUUCCAGCACGUUUGACGUUUCCUCCAGAUUAUCCUCUAAGCCCUCCCAAAAUGAAAUUCAGUUGUGAAUUAUUCCAUCCAAACAGUAAGUCAUUAACAGUUGCUUUUGUAUUUUCCGCCCUUAAUUAAUUAUAAUAAUGGAAUUAUAUCUGUUACUUGGUAUGUAAUUUAAAAAGACAAUAACUUUUUAAAGCCAAAUAAAUUUGGUUCUUAUUGUAAGAAAAGAUUGCAAAUAAAUAAUUAAAUGUUUGCAAAUUUUUACUUUGACAAUGGAUUUCAUUUACUUUUCCUUCAAUUUAAGUCCUAGAAUUUAAAUUAAUAAUUAAUUUAUGAAUAAUAAGAAUAUAAUGUUUAAAUAUGGAUAUAAUUUUGUCUCAAUUCGGUUUUGUUCUAUGUUACUAUGGAGUAAAAGAUAAAUUUGUAUUAUACACCCUAUUACUUUACCAAUCACUGAAUGUAUUUUUUUAAUAUUUGAUAUUGAGAGCUUGAAACAAUAUUUCAUCAUUUUUACUGUUAAGUAGAGCACUCUUGAAAUUUAUAGGAAGAGUUUGGUAUUCUGGCCAUAUGCUACAAUUAAUUUGUAACCCUUAUGAACUUGUAUCUAAAGCUGAGAAAGAGCCUUGCUGUAAGAUUUGAAAUGAUGAAAAAAAUUAAUCAAGAUUGUUAACUCUGUUCUCUCUUUCAGUAUAUCCUGAUGGCCGAGUGUGUAUCUCAAUUCUCCAUGCACCUGGAGAUGACCCGAUGGGUUAUGAAACAAGCGCAGAGAGGUGGAGUCCUGUGCAAAGUGUAGAAAAAAUUUUACUUUCAGUAGUCAGUAUGCUGGCAGGUAAGUAACUGUUCAUAUAUAUGUAUUAUUUCACUUAAAUAUUCAUUUGUUAAUUAUAUUCUCAUAUGCUAUGUAUACUUACAUAAACUAAAAUACAUUCUUCAUUGAAACAUUGGGGUCAGCUUGGUUAUUACUUUACGAACUUUAGUUCUUACUCCUUGGUACGUUUGUAAUACAGCCAUACAGUUCAGGAUUUGAUAGAAUGUCUUAUUUUGAACUCAUUAAAACUUCUUAAAUAUUUAUUUAAAUGUAGAUACCUUACUUACUCAAAGAGAAAUGUACAACCUCUAGAAGACAAGCACAGUGAGGAGGAGCACAUGCAUAGAUUAUUUGAAAUCAUCUGUUACACUAUCAUUUCCCUUAUACAUUUUUUAGAGCCUAAUGAUGAAAUAUAUACACUUUGUUUUUUUAGAGCCUAAUGAUGAAAGUGCAGCCAAUGUGGAUGCUGCAAAAACGUGGAGAGAUGAUCGGAAAGGAUUUGAAGAAAUAGCAAAAGUCACAGUUCGGAAAUCCCUUGGAUUGUGAUGACUGUCAAUAUGACUGUGUAACUAUCCCUCCAGUGCUGGUCUGCUUCACAAUUCAUUCAUAUUCUUACCGGGCCUUCUGACAGCACUCAGAACAUCUGGCCUAAACAAGAAUGAAGGAAGAAUGUUGUUUUUUAUGCAGUAAAGACCUCAAUUGUGCUGCAUGAGAUUUCAGUAUCACAUCAUCAUAACAUGAUAUUCAAAUAAAUUCUGUUUUCAAUUAUCAUAUCAUUUUAAGUGAGGACAGCUGAUUUUCUCCCCCCUUCCCCCUGUAGUGCAUUGGGCUGGGCAACAGCUGAUUUCCAUGUCUCUGCCUGCUGCAAUUUUGAGGAACUAGACACUUUAAUUGCUUUUAUUUAAUUUUAAGGUAUUCUGGAAGUGGAUCAUUUUUCUUUGUUAGCUUUUCCUUCUUAGCUUACUAUUUCCCUAGGGUGGCAUCCAGUGAUUAUUCUAAGGAAGUGUUACUGUGGUAGGUGUAAGAUGUGCGAUCAAAAUGUUACUAGGAGAACAGUGCAACUCUCCUUUCCAGCCUUGUUAAUCUGCUUGUUUUUAGGAUCUACUCUUCGCUGUAGCUGUUCCUUAGUAUCUUCUAACAGCAUCUCUGACGGAUUACAUUUAAUGUCAAAGCUGUUUUCAUUAAUUUCUUGCUGGCAUAAAUGGCUGUUGACGUGAUGAUGCUGGCAUACAGGUCAAGGUUUUAGGCUAAUCAGGCUUUAAUCAAACUGUGGAUAAGGCAGGCAUAAACAUCUGCUAAUAAUGUAACUGGCCUAUCACAGUUGGACAUACUGCACAGACAACUUGCACUGCCCAUAAUUUGUUUCCUUUAAAGCUUGGUGAGUUACAUAAUUUUGUUAAUGUUUGAUAUCGUAACAUUUUUAAAAGGCUUGUAUUAACAUUUAUUCAGUAAAAUAUUUUUUGUUAAUUGACAAAUGCACUCAAAUGUAGCAUCAAAUUUUAUUGUGUUUUAUAAAAAAUAAAUUAUUGAAGAAAAUCACAGGUUUUCCAUUUUGCCAUAUUGUCUUAAGUACUGCUGAAAAAUGUUUGCUUCAUAAUUCCUAGAGAGUUGUUCAUGCAAGACAUCUGUAAAAAAAAAAUUUUAAAUAUGCAUCUUUUCAUCCCUCUUAUCCACACAUCCCAGUUGUGGAUGUCCGCAAUCAGCAUUGCACAGUGUGAAAUGCCAGGUUCUAGUUGUAUAAUUAUGUAUAAAGUAAGAGCGCUGAGUCACUAGAUUUAAUAUGCUUUGAAAUAUGUCUGGUAAUAUAAAUCAAUUGACGUUAACGAGAACUGAGAAGUAGACAAAUGUCCUAAAAGCUUUGUUUAAAUUUGUUUGUAAAUAGCAACCAAAUAUUUAGAGUGAAAUUUUACUAACUUCUUAGUGGUUAACGUUUAUAAUUUCGCAAAUUGAUCAGUCAUAGAGGACAUCCACAGUUUUAACAUUUUAAAAACAUACUGGAUGGAAUACAAGCAGUUGGCCUAAAAAUAAUUUGACAAAAAUGGUAGCUUGUGUAAGCUUGCAAGAUCCUUACAUCUUCCCCCUGUCUGCAUUCAACACCCCCCCCUCCCCCUCUUUUGCCAACAUCCUUUAUGAACAGCUCUUAUACAACUGUAUAAAAUUCAAGUAAAUAUUGUUUGCUUGUUUGUAAAGGAAAAUUUAAAAACAAUUAAAUCACUGUUGUCUAUUCAAUAAUCAAUAUCAGUAGUUUUCAAUUUUGAUCACUUUAUAUUUUACAUAAUCAGUUUAUCUGUAAAACUAAAAAAAAAAUUGUAGAAAGCUUUGAAUGCAAAACUAUUUUAAGUUUUCAUUCAAUAUGUGACGUGUUUCUAGCAUAAUUGUCUUAGAAAAUGAAUCAGUUUGUUUAAUGUGUAAUUAAGAACUUUUCCUUUGAAAUUAUUUUAUCCUAAAAUUUAAAAAUAUGGAAUCAAAUAUGUUUAUUUGUGAUUAAAGAAAGUAAUGAAAUAUUUGAGUUCAAAAAGAGAAUCUUCAGAUUUUUUUUGAUUUUUGUCUAUCUAAGGGAGAUAAUUCAGAUCCACUGUUAAAUCUGUCAUCUAAGUUAUGAAGCAAGUUCUUUAAAAAAAUUUGCUCCUGAGAGAUAUUUAUUCAGGUUUAUAUUAUGUAAGUUCAUUAAAGAUAGUAUUUCAUGAUGUUCAUCAUUUAGAUUGUCAUGAUGGCUAUCAGAGUUUCAGAUCCCAAGAUAUCUUCACAUUCACUUGCCCAACACUAAACAUUAUGAAGAUACACACAUUUUUAGAAUGCAAAUGUUGAACAAAUGCAAACCUUUUAUCAGCCGGGAAAUUGAUUUCAGAGCACGAGAGAAUCACAAGGAUGAGUUAAUGCAUGGGAUGGUUGGGAUAUAGUUUUUAGUUUAUUGAGGAAGUAAUGUUCCUAUCUUUAGAUGUCUGUGCUUAUAUGCUUUUUCUGACUCGGUCCAUCAAGAUCCCUAGUCAGGAGGUACUUAUGAAUUUCUUUUAUCAUUAUGAGAAUGAAAUGCGCCAAAAAUCAUCCUGUUCUCAGAGUGGACAAAUUAAAAGGAUUUCACUGGGUUUUUUUUUUUUUGUGUGGACUUGAACCACAACAUAUUACUUGAAAAAUUAAUCUUAUAUAAAAUUAUUUAAAUACAGUUAAUUAGAAUGUAUUGAUUGAUUUUAUAAUGUUAUUUUCUUUUUUUUUUUUUUUUAAAGGUUUGAGGGCAUUUAUUUUUUUUUUUUGUGUUGACUUUAACCACAACAUAUUUCUUUAAAAAUUUAUUUUAUAUAAAAUUAUUUAAAUACAGUUAAUUUGAAUGUUUUGAUUUAUUUUAUAAUUUUUUUUUUUUUUUUUUUUUUUUGUAAAGGUUUGAGGGCAUUUAAGAAAUUAAUAUUUAUUCCCUUACUUGUGAUCAUUUUGUUAAUUUUUUUUUUUAUUACCUUGAAACACCAACCACAUUCAUGGGCUAUUGAUAAAUGAUAAAACAUUUUGAAAUUUCAAAUAAAAAUCAUUCUAAAUUUUUGAAUGAAAAAAGUCUGUCUGCAUAAAACAUUAUGCGUAAUUUGUUACAUAUUCUAUAGUUGGAAAUCAUAUUUAGCCUUCUAAAUGUACAUUCAACGUAUUUUUAAAAGUAGCAAUUGUUUAUUUUAAGUAGUAAAUGUUAAUUUUUUUCCUUUUAUGUUAGUUGACUACUGAAACAGUAAAUAAUUGUUAGGACUGGUAGUUGUAUAUCAAGCAGUUUUAUCAUUUAAAAAAUUUGACCUCAUUUACUUAUUUUAAACUAUUUGUUGUUGUUUCACUCUGUUGACAAUCCACACCAUGUUGAACGAUAAAAAGAAUAAUAAAAUUAUAUUAAAAAGUG